CGAUGAAUACUCUCAUAUCGCGAUUUAUACGCGAAAAAAUAAAUACUACCCGGAACCAUUUAAUGCGACACAGGGGAUUAAUGGCUGCAGUCAAUGUACAGAUCUCCUCUCAUUGUUUACAUUUCGAAACGGUAUUUUCUCUGGGUUUGCGGCACUGUCAUUGACAUAGGAUCAAACCUAACCUCACAGUGAUGCUCAAUAUUGAUAAAUUAAUCUGAAAAAAAAUCUCAUUGAGUCAAUAUCAAGCCGACAAGCAGCGAACUAGCCCUGUGUGCUAACUAUCACAGCCCCAUCUUCACUGUGUAGCUCGUUGCUCCGGAGAUGGCAAGUUAGUCUUCUUUUUUCAUUUGGCUUUUCUCCUGCUUGGAUCUCAAGGACACCCAAAUGGCUGAGGAGGUAUAGCGGCAGGUGAGCCUGAAGGCCAGAGAAAAGCUUCUUAUCUUCGGUAUCGCAGAGUACACAAUGUUUAGUGUACCUCAAAGCUCCAAGUCCGACUUCCUGGACAAAGCCAGGCAGGCCAGAGAGGAGAGGAAGGGACAGAAGGAGAAGGAGAGAGCAGCAAUCCUCAUCCAAGCCCUGGUCAGGAGAUUUCUCUGUCGCUGCAGACUACAGAAGCAGAUAAGGAAAGAGGUUGAUGACUAUUUUCAAGCUUCUGAAACUGGGACAUCAAAAAGAAAUGCACUUUCAAUUUUCAAAAUUGCUCGGAAAUUACUAUUCAUAUAUCGGCCAGAGGAUAAGAUGAAGUUUGAGAAGCUCUGUCGGGCUAUCUUGGCCAGCAUGGAGGUUGAAAAUGAACCUAAAGUCUGGUAUGUUUCCUUGGCUCUCUCCAAAGACCUCACUAUUCCCUGGCUCAAACAGAUAAAAGAUGUGCUGUGGACCUGCUGUCAACUGCUGAAAAAUUUAAAGCCUGACAUACUUCAGGACAACAAGUUGGUAACGUUGUACCUCACCAUGCUGGUGACCUUCACAGACACUUUAACCUGGAGGAUAGUCAGAGGGAAAGGUGAGGCUCUCAGACCUGCUUUGACGAGGAUUUGUGAAAACAUCAUGGGCCAUCUCAAUCAAAAGGGAUUCUAUUCAAUACUGCAGAUCUUGCUGACCAAUGGCUUGGCUCGUUCUAAACCAUCUCUCUCCAAAGGCACACUGACCGCCAUUUUCACUUUGUCAUUAAGGCCAGUCAUUGCUGCUCAUUUCUCAGAGAACCUGCUAAGAUCAUUCCUCAUUCACAUCAUGUCAGUUCCAGCCAUCAUAUCCCACCUCAAUGUUCUUACUCCAGAGUGCAUGGCAUCCAUCCAGACGCAUGACCUGCUGCGGAAGUUUAUUCUGUUUCUCAGUCGGGAAGAGCAGUGUUUGGACAUCUGUGUGUGUCUUGAGGGCAGCCACACACUCUGCUUACUUGGCAACCUAAUUCAAUUGGGCUAUCUUAAUGAGAAAGUCCUGGAAGAGGAGGCCAACCAUUUUGUGAAGGACCUAACAGACAUGCUGUCCUACUGCCAGAGAUAUGUAUCGCAGAAGAAGUCCAACCUGACCCACUGGCACCCUGUCCUGGGCUGGUUCUCUCAGACAGUAGACUACGGUCUGAAUGAGUCAAUGCCACUGGUCACUAAGCAGCUUCAGCACCUGUGGGGUGUGUCUGUCAUUCGAACGCUCUUCAGUGAUGUCCUCUCCAAAAAGCUGGAGAGUCAGGAGCCAACUCCUCCACCUCCGCUACCGAGCACGUCACAAAACAAUCUACCAGUUAAAAACCUUUUCAAGCGAGCAUUUCAAAAGUCGGCUUCAGUACGAAACAUCCUGAAACCAGUUGGAGGGAAGCGAGUUGACUCAGCUGAAGUUCAGAAAGUGUGCAGCAUCUGUGUGCUCUACCAGACCGCUCUGUCUACACUGACACAAAUCCGCCUCCAGAUACUCACUGGUUUGACACAUCUUGAUGACCUUUUGCCAAAACUUUGGGCCUUCAUCUGUGAACUUGGCCCUCAGGGAGGCCUCAAACUCUUUAUGGAGUGUCUGAACAAUGACACCGAGGAGUCUAAGCAGCUCCUGGCUAUGCUCAUGCUCUUCUGUGACUGCUCACGUCACCUCAUCACAAUUCUGGAUGACAUUGAAGUCUAUGAGGAACAAACAUCCUUCAAGAUAGAGGAACUGAUCACUAUCUCCUCUUUUCUGAACACAUUUGUGUACAAAAUGAUAUGGGAUGGCAUCUUAGAAAAUGCAAAGGGAGAGAAGCUGGAGCUGUUUCACAGCGUUCACGGCUGGCUGAUGGUGCUUUAUGAACGAGACUGCAGACGAAGGUUCACCCCUGAUGACCACUGGCUACGAAAGGAUCUGAAGCCCAGCUUGUUGUUCCAAGAGUUAGAGAAAGGCAAGAAAAGAGCCCAGCUUUUACUGCAGUACAUCCCACAUGUUAUUCCACAUAAAAAUAGGGUGCUGCUGUUCAGAAACAUUGUCACAAAGGAAAAAGAAAACUUAGGACUGGUAGAAACAAGCUCUGCUUCUCCACAUGUCACCCAUAUUACCAUCCGCCGCUCACGGAUGUUAGAGGAUGGAUAUGACCAGCUCCGCCGUUUACCGGUGAAUUCUAUCAAAGGUGUUAUUCGUGUGAAGUUUGUUAACGACCUGGGAGUGGAUGAAGCUGGGAUUGAUCAGGAUGGUGUCUUCAAAGAGUUUCUGGAGGAGAUCAUUAAGAAAGUCUUCAAUCCUGCUCUGAACCUGUUUAAGACCACAAGUGGAAAUGAAAGACUGUAUCCUUCACCCACAUCUUACAUCCACGAGAACCAUUUGCAGCUGUUUGAGUUUGUGGGGAAGAUGCUCGGGAAAGCUGUAUAUGAGGGCAUUGUUGUGGACGUCCCUUUCGCCUCCUUCUUCCUCAGUCAAGUCUUGGGUCACCACCACAGCACCUUCUACAGCUCCAUCGAUGAGCUUCCCUCUCUGGACUCUGAGUUUUACAAGAACCUCACUUCCAUCAAGCGCUAUGAUGGAGAUGUAGGGGAUCUUGGGCUCACAUUAUCCUAUGAUGAGGAUGUUAUGGGACAGCUUGUUUGUCAUGAGUUGAUACCUGGGGGUAAAACCAUGCCUGUCACCAAUGAAAACAAGAUCAGCUACAUCCACCUCAUGGCUCACUUCCGGAUGCACACACAGAUUAAGGAGCAAACUGCUGCUUUCAUCAGAGGCUUCCGCAGCAUCAUUAAUACAGAGUGGCUGCACAUGUUUUCCACACCUGAGGUUCAGCGUCUUGUGUCAGGAGAUAAUGCUGAGAUUGAUCUGGAUGAUCUCAAGAAACACACGGUCUACUAUGGAGGUUUUCACAGCAGCCAUCGUGUCAUCAUCUGGCUGUGGGACAUCCUGUCCAGUGACUUCAACGCUGAAGAGAGGGCUAUGUUCCUUAAAUUUGUUACCAGCUGCUCGAGGCCACCUCUUCUAGGUUUUGCCUACCUCAAACCACCGUUCUCUAUCCGCUGUGUGGAAGUUUCAGAUGAUCAGGACACUGGAGACACUCUUGGCAGCGUCCUCAGAGGCUUUUUCACGAUCCGGAAGAAGGAGCCUGGUGGUCGUCUUCCUACUUCAUCUACGUGCUUCAAUCUGCUCAAGCUGCCCAACUACAGCAAGAAGAGCAUCUUGCGCGACAAGCUGCGCUACGCUAUCAGUAUGAACACAGGCUUCGAGCUCUCCUAACUCGGUUGCAUCGGGACGAUCUGCACAGGAGGGGUGUGUUAAACAGCCUGAACCAAGCAAGAGCCUCAGCUUACCUAAACAAAAGGGGAUUCAUGAAGGAUCUACCAAGUCUCCUUUUGUCUCUUUAAUACUGGAUGAGCUCUGAGGAAGUGAGCUUUACUUUAGUUCACUCUCUCCAGUCCAAUAAGAUGCUGUUAAUGCAUCACAAUCGAUUUUUUUACCAUCACCCUCUGCCACUCCAAAAAUGUAAUAUAUCGUGUAUUUAACUUCAUGAAAUACAGAUAUACAGUGGCUAGAUCCCUGUUUCUCAGGCUUAACAGAAUCAUUCUUGGAUUUAACACUCCUGUUUUAGGCGAACUGGAAAGCAAUACAGAUGCAAUGCAAGCCAUUAGACACAUGGUCGACUGACCCGAGUAAAACCAAGUGAUGCAUUGUUAAUAUCCUUACAUGCUUGGAUUCCCUUAUCCAGGCAACCUUUCGCUGAUAUUGGAUGAGUCUUAAAAUGUUUUGCUGAAUAUAAUGCAUCUUUUAUAAGUGGAAGACAAAUCAGUGUCUUGUGUUCAACCCUGAUGAAGGAGGGCUGGCCCAUAGCAGAGAAUCUGUGUUGAUUACAUUAUGUCCCGUUUUGAGGAAAAUCAUUUCGACCUUUCUCCAUUUACCCCCAUGAAAAGACAUGGUAGUCGCCCAAGAGAGAGAUGCUGACCCUCUGCUUUUUGUAUUCUUGGUACAUUAAAAAAAAAAAAAAAACUAACAUCUGCCUCAGUUCCAGUGAAGCAGCAACAAAAUUCUUGAAAACCUGAUGAUGCUGUUGUUUGAAAAAAAGAUGCCCUUGCUCUAGCAUCAGUUGCUUUUGAAAAAAAGAACUGGAAACGUUUUGUCACUUUUUGUUUCUGCCGAGCGGACACGAGUGUUCCAUGUCACACAUCUGUGCUUGACGUCCACGUUAAAAACAUGAAGAGUAAAGUUAAUCAGUCAUGUUAGUCUCUGUACCUAAUACUAGGAAACCUUACAACACUUUUGAAUAACGCUGAGUGCCUCAUGUGUUGCCAUCACCCCUUGCUGUCACAUGUCUGACUUAAUUCCAACCAUAACCAAUAACUACAUACUGUUUAUUGGAAACAAGCCAUAGGAAUGGGGGCUAUGGACCUGGACUCUCUGCUCCUGCUAACAAGACAGCAGAAACCCAACCACUGUACUACCACAACUACAACCACUGCGGGUUUUACUACAAUGCUCUCCGAUCUCUGUAGACUUUCUAAGCCAUGCAGAAAAGAAAUUGAGGUUUAAGAAAAACCUUUCAACAUGAUGUCAUGGACUGGUUCAUCAACCAAAUGUGACUGCUUGACUAAAUGAUGUUCCCUCGGAAAUAUUGCACACAUUUUUGUUGUUUAUGGCUGUUUUGGGGGUGGGGUGGGGUGGGGGAAGGGACAUGAGGGUGAAUGUUACCUUAUAAGCCUAAAAAUUCACACAGGGUUCAUUUACAUCUUGAAAUUAUUAAGGAAGAGACUUUUUGGGCAUUUAUGAGAAAGAGGAGGGUUCAACAAAAAUAUCAAAUCUUUCUUUAUUAUGCAAAAAAAAAAAAAAAGUGUUCUGUUGUGAAUGAGUAUGGAAACUUUUGUUAAUAAGUAACCUUGUUUCUAACUAGUUAUAUUCUGGCCACUAACUUGUGGAAAAACAUAAUAAAAUGCAACCACAACUAUACAUGCAUAUAUAUAAAUAACACUGGUUGUAUUGAAUGUACUUCCAGUUUACUAAUGAGAUUAGACAAUUUUCAAAUCUGACAAAUCAGUCAGGAGGCUCUUACCUAGGCUCUCCUCCUUCUAGUAUAUUCAAUCAAAAAUAGGAAACACUGCGAAUGGAUUUACUUAACGCACUACAAUGAGUGUGAGCCAGUGUGCGAGAGCGAUGAAAGAUACCUCACAUGCUCGUCUGUCUCCUCCGUUUUAAAUGAUGUCAAGAGUAGGCUAGACUUUAACUGUACCAGUGGACUGCUGAUGCUGACUUUGAAUUUCCACUCUUUUAGUACAAAAAUAAUAAAAAUCGAUCCUGGAAAUGUUCCCAAUCUUCCUGUGAAAAUUUUCAUCUCUUUUUAAAAAGUGUCUUUGAGAGUGGCUGCUCAAGCUACAGUACGGAGUGUGUCAUUGUAAGAAAACAAAAAGGAGAUUCCCAUGUAAGAUUUGUCCAUGUGUAAAAUACUUUUUCCUGUAAUGUUAAAUCAUGUACACAAGUAUUAUAUAAAUCAUUUACUUUAAAACA